GUUCCUCUUCUUCUUCUUCUUCUCCCCCUUGAUUGGAUGAAAUGUUGUCCUACGUUCCGCGGCCGGUGGCGCCGACUUGCCCCCGCUGCGUCUCCUCCAACACCAAGUUCUGCUACUACAACAACUACAGCCUCAGCCAGCCGCGGUACUUCUGCAAGGCCUGCCGGCGUUACUGGACCGAGGGCGGAUCGCUCCGCAACGUGCCCGUGGGCGGCGGCUGCCGUAAGAGCCGACGGGGCAAGCCGGCCAGGGCGCCGUCCGCCGUCGCUGCCGUGGCCGGUCGCGACGUGAUCCGCCCCGACCUCAUGCUGAACGACAUCGUGAGUAACUCAGGCAUCGCCCCCGCCCCCGCCGACGGCUCAGCCAUCGACCUAGAGGUGCUGUAUGCCAAGUACAUGGAUCCAAGCCCGGCCGUGCGGCCGGAAUCCUCGCAGCCCGCAGUAGAGUCAGGCUCGUGCAACCAAAUCCCUGCGCCAUUUCCCGAUCACCAACUGUUCUUGGAGUGGGAAAGCAUCCUAACUCAGCCGGUGGAAGAAGACCUGCAGAACAAAGUGGAUUCAAGCAGUCCUCGAGCGUAUCCAAAGCAACCUGUCGACAACUAUGUAUGGUGGGGGGAUUCUUCAAGUGAUGCAGAUCUAAUACAUGAGGAGCAAAGCCUGGUGCAUGACAAUUGGAUCGGAUCACUGGAUGACUCGAGUUGGGAGGCGUUCUACAGAUGCUGAUCAUGUCCGAUCUUCUUCUACAUUCGAGAAUGUGCGUGUGAGAGAGACGUCAUAGACUUCAUGGCUUACGGAGAGGGAUACAUUAAUUGCCUCUUUGAAGUCAACAUUGGGGUUAACGUUGAAAUCUGUAGCAAGAGGAGACAUACCAAACACCUCGAUUAGCUCCCACAGUCAAACUAUAUAUCACACGAUUCUUAAAUUUAUUGCUUAUAAUGGAUGGAUGGGUUCAUAUCGAUAA